AUGUUUUAUAUUUUCUUGGAAGGAGCCCUGUACCCAGAUGGAACAUAUGGAAGGAACAAGGAUGAUGACAAUGUUCCUCCUGGCAAAAACUAUACCUAUGUCUGGCCAGUGAGAGAAGAAUAUGCUCCUGCCCCAGCAGAUGCAAAUUGCCUGACCUGGGUGUACCAUUCGCACAUCGAUGCCCCUAAGGACAUCUGCUCUGGGCUAAUUGGCCCACUGCUGGUGUGCAAAGAGGGUAUCCUGCAUAAAUAUUCAGGGACAAGGACUGAUGUGAAUCAAGAGUUUGUUAUAAUGUUUACUGUUGUGGAUGAGAAUCAAAGCUGGUACCUUGAGGAAAAUAUCAGACAUUUCUGCACUGACCCUGAUUCAGUUGACAAAGAAGAUGCUGUUUUCCAGAAGAGUAACAAAAUGCACGCGCUCAAUGGAUACCUCUUUGGAAACUUCCCCGAGCCUGAUAUGUGUGUUGGUGAAUCGGUGUCCUGGCACCUAUUUGGAAUGGGGAAUGAGAUAGACAUCCAUUCCAUCUAUUUUUAUGGUAACACCUUCAUCAGCAGAGGCCAUCGGACUGAUGUCGUCAACCUCUUCCCAGCCACCUUCCUGACAACAGAAAUGAUAGUUGAGAAUCCUGGGAAGUGGAUGAUAACCUGCCAAGUAUUUAUUAAUCACAUCCCUAUGAACCAGCCAACUUCCUAUUCUUUCCACAGUGACUCUGAGCUCUACUUCACACAAGGGGACAACAGAAUAGGAGGAAAAUAUUGGAAGGCUCAGUAUAUAGAGUAUGUUGAUGCAACUUUUACUCGAAGAAAAAGACUCUCUGAGGCAGAAGCCCACCUUGGAAUUCUUGGUCCCAUCAUCAAGGCAGAGGUGGGUGAUACUCUGUUAGUGACCUUUGCUAACAAAGCCGACAAGGUCUACAGUAUUUUGCCCCACGGUGUGAUCUAUGACAAGGCCUCUGAUGCAGCCCCAAAUGUAGAUGGAUUUCUGAAGCCAGGGGCACACGUUAAGCCAGGUGAAACUUUCACAUACAGGUGGACGGUGCCUGAAAGCAUAAGCCCAACAGCUGAUGAUCCCCCCUGUCUGACCUAUCUUUACUUCUCAGCUGUUGAGCCAAUCAACGACACCAGCUCUGGCCUUGUAGGGCCUUUGCUAGUCUGUAAGAAGGGCAUUCUCAAUGCUGAUGGGACACAGAAAGGAAUAGACAAGGAAUUUUACCUAUUAUUCACAGUCUUUGAUGAGAAUCUGAGCAGGUAUCUUGAUGAAAAUAUUCAGAAGUUUACCUGGCGUCCCUUCAGUGUUGACAAGGAGGACAAAGAGUUUGUGAAGUCCAACCGAAUGCAUGCUAUUAACGGCUAUAUGUAUGGCAAGCAGCCAGGCCUAACCAUGUGCAAAAAGGAUAGAGUUUCCUGGCAUAUGAUUGGAAUGGGCACCAACACUGACAUGCAUGGAGUUUAUUUUCAAGGGAACACCAUCCACCUACGAGGGACUCACCGCGACUCCCUGGCCCUGUUUCCCCAUGUCUCCACAACAGCAUUCAUGCAGCCGGACCAUGCAGGCAUCUUCAGGGUGUUUUGCUCCACCCUGUACCACUUCCAGAGAGGCAUGAAUCAAAUAUAUGAGGUCAGCAGCUGCGGCAACAAGGACCCUUCUGAACAGCCGUACGGGAUGAUAAGAACCUUUUACAUCGCCGCUGAAGAGGUAGAAUGGGAUUAUGCCCCUAACAAAAACUGGGAGUUCGAAAAGCAGCACUCGGACGGAGGAUGGGAAAGACAUGGAGAUAUAUGUAUGAACCACACUGAAAACUGGAUUGGCUCUCAGUACAAGAAAGUGGUUUACAGGGAAUACACCAAUGGAGAAUUUGUGGAGAUCAAAGCCCAACCGCCACAAGAGGAACACUUGGCACUCCUGGGCCCAAUGAUUCAUGCUAAGGUGGGCGACUCCAUCCUGAUCAUAUUUAUGAACAAGGCCAGUCGGCCCUACUCCAUCUCAGCCCACGGAGUGGAGGACAUGGAGAGUGGGAAAGGACUCCCAGUGCCUGUCACAAAGCCAGGAGAAACAAAAACUUACAGAUGGAAUGUCCCUAAAAGGUCCGGUCCAGGGCCGUCUGACCCAAAUUGUAUUCCAUGGGUUUACUAUUCAACAGUAAACUUUGUGAAGGAUACCUGUAGUGGUUUGAUGGGUCCUCUGAUUACAUGCAGGGAAGGAGUGUUAAAUGAAAAGGGAAGAAGAAGCGACGUUGACUCUGAAUUUGUUCUCUUAUUUUUGGUAUUUAAUGAGAAUGAAUCCUGGUAUCUGGAUGACAAUAUUAAGAAGUAUCUUAAUAAAGAUCCACGAGAUUUUAAACCCUCUGAUGAUUUUGAGGAGAGCAACAAAAUGCAUGCUAUUAAUGGAAAGAUUUUUGGGAAUCUCCAUGGCCUCAUCAUGAAUGAAAAUACAAUGACAAACUGGUAUCUAUUAGGAAUAGGAAGUGAAGUGGACAUACACACCAUUCAUUAUCAUGCUGAGAGCUUUCUUUUCAAGAGGCAGUACAUUUUGCACGCCUACCAGAAAUAGAUGAGAGUACCACUUGACCACAACUACAUCCACAUCAGCACUUGAUAGAUAAAUCUUACCGAGAAGAUGUAUAUGACCUCUUUCCCGGGACAUUCCAAACCAUUGAACUGUUUGUGGAUCACCCAGGGACAUGGUUAUUACAUUGUCAUGUAUCUGACCACAUCCAUGCUGGCAUGGAGACAACCUACACCGUCCUUCAAAACAUCGGUACUGUUAUCUGUCGGUCAUGCUGACUUAGAUAGCACCAGGCUUCCUGUAGACCCUGAAAAUAGGAGGCAUGAGAACAUAGGAGGCAUGAGCUCCCCAAGGAGCUCAGAGUCAAGUAAGAGAGACAGACAUUUAACCAUAAUAGAAUAUGACAUAUGCCAAGAUAGAGUGCAGAGUGCAGGGUUCAGUGACAGCAGCAGGAGGCAAUGAUUAACAGUUUGGACACGUGAGCCAAGGUUCCAUAGAUGAAUCUUAACAGGUGAGCAGAAGCUUGCAAUGUGGAUGGGGUAUGAACAGCAUGUGUACUGGCAUGAAGUAGCACAGUGAGUAUCCAACAAAGACUUACAGAUACUGGUGGGAUAAAGUCUUUGUUGGUGAAAUGACAUAACUCCUGAAACAACUCAUGUCAUGAAAAGAAUCUACUCCUAUUGUUUGUAAACCAUCAAAUUGUCUUCUUUGUCCAAACAACAGGAUUCCUUACUCCACCAAGCCUCCUUCUGGAGGAGCGUCCCACCCGGCCACAGCGCCCUCUAAUGGUAUUGAUACCCUCCCCCAAUCCUGCACGUGAAUGGUCAGUAUUCACUCCCCAGGGAAAGGCAGAGGCCUGACACCUUACUUUUCUUUUGCGCAGAAGAACCUGGCAAGGAGCAGCUCUACUUCUUCGGCAAGAAUCUGGGUCCCAGAGGAGCCAAAGCAGCCUUGGUCAUCCUUUUCAUCAUCGGACUCCUCCUUCUGGUUGUCACGGUGAUUCUCUCCCUCACACUGUGCUCUGCAAGGAAGCGGGUGGCAUAUCAGGAAGUCCGGUCCUGCGCGCUCCCCACGGAUGCUCUGUGACCUGCUCGUCUUCCUCAGUAGGGAAAAUGGACCAGGGUCUCGUUCACCAAGGAAGUCUGACUCUGUUCCUGGAUCAGGCUCUGAUCCUCUGGAACACGUUCAAAGCAAUUUGCUUUUAUUUAUUUAUUUUAAAGGGGCUGUGAAUAAUCCUCAGGAUAAAACAGAGAAAAGGAAGGGUGGGCAUGACUGAGAAAACUGACCCAGUCUGUUCUCUGAAUGAAUUCGCUGAAGUGGGAAGACCCUCUGAAAGAUAUCUUUGUUUUCUUUCUUUCAUAAUUCUUAGAUUAGAUAGUGCUUCCUUAACAA